AUGUCACAUCCUGAUCUCACGUCGCAUCAUGUCAACUACCUAAUUUGGAGGUAUCUUCAAGAAUCAGGUCACGGUGAGGCCGCAGUGACACUGCAGCGCGCAUGGAAUCAUGAUCCACAGAGCUUACCUUUCGCUCCGUAUAUAAAAACGCAUGCGUUGGUAUCCCUCGUCCAAAAGGGCUUACAAUAUUACGAACUCGAACAGUCACUCGACCAGGCAUGUUACCUUAAUUUUGUCGCGAUUUGCGAUGGAAAUUUAAGGCCAAUUUCACCUUCCGAUUAUUUCUUUGGGCCAGAACUGCUGGAGGCGGAACCGCGGAAAAGUCAAGGUGAAAAUGGCACAGACAAGGCGCCUGUCUCGCCUACGAGUAAAGUCGCGCGCGACGGCGUGAUCAACGGUCACUUGACAGGCGAACCCGCAGCGCCUCAAACUGUCCCCAAUGCGAAGAAAAGCCGGAAGAGUGACCGCCUGGAAACCAACGGAGAUGAAAUUCCAAUGGAAAUUGAUUCCAAUGGCGUCUCAAAUGAGACCAAAACCGCUGUAGUUGCAUCACCAUCGUUGGCCGACACGGUUGUAGAUGGUGAUGGGGACGUGAGCAUGGGCAUCCGACCGGACUCACAAGACCAGGAACCUCCCGCGGCCCCGACCUUCACAUUGACCAACGGCCACAGCGUUGGCGUCCAGAUCACCCCCGCCAAGGCCGCCGACCUUAGUCCCGAUACCGCCAUCCUGGAUGUGGCUGGUGACGACCACGUGACACAAACACUGUGGCGUCCCAACGACCCCACUGUGAUUGUUGCAGUUGGCGAGACGUUUUGCAGCCUAUGGAAGAUGCCUUCCUCGGCAACUCCGGUGCAAGAGAAGCUUGUGGAGAGUAAAGGCGACAACACCUGCGUUUCUGCGGUGGCUUGGGACCCAACGGGCCAGAAAUUGGCUGUAGCCACAUACAAUGACAUGAGAGGGUCGAUCACUAUGUAUGAUGUGGCCGGGAAUGCCGUUGAUCUCCUGCCCGAAGUGCCUAGGAUUAUCACCGGACUGCAUUGGACCGAGAACGGUACCCAUUUAAUCGUCGUGGCGUCAGAUAGUAAAGUCUCCGAGCUGGCUCUCUGGGAUGAUUCAUUACGGCCAGACGAGUUCCCCUCUCCACAGGUAAUCGACGGGUCGGUUUAUGACCUCAGCUGGCUUGGGCAUAAUGAAGCAUAUGCUUCAGGUAAUGGGACGGUUUACCAAUGCGAGGUCGACUCGAGUAUCCAUAUCUCCAAGACAUUCACCAGUGAAACAGAUAAACCUUGGACGUUCAUCCGUUGCGCAAACAUAAAUUCUUCCUCCGUGGCAGUGGCAGCGUCGUCUGCUACUGCCUCCUUCUGGGUCCCGACGCACGGCAUGCACCUGGAUGGUGCACAUGAGGGUGAUAUCACGGCAAUCGAGCUUAAACCAAACACCCUAGAGCCACCGCAAUCGAAUCAUCCUUUGGUUCUAGCCUCUUCAUCCACUGAUGAUACAGUCAAAGUGUGGCACAUUGAUCUGGAGACAAAACGGUUUGACUGUAUCCAUCGUCUGUUCCUCGGCCCAUCGUCACCCGCUCUCACUAGUAGUUUUUCCCCGGAUGGGUAUGCCCUGGCCGCUGCAAGCAAAGAAAGGCUAUUCAUUUGGAACUCACAGCGGGGUGGCACAGCGAUGGCUACUUGGUCGGUUCCCACGACAGAAGACACAAACGUCGAAGAAGGGCAGAAUUACGUGGUCAAUGGACAUAAUGGAAAUGUAGUAGAGCAAAUACCGGAUCGCUCUCUUGCAUGGGACACUGAUGGUAAAAGACUCGCUUUUGGCUUCGGCAAGCAGCUGGCUAUUAUAAACAUGCAAAGUUGA